AUGGAGAAUAACCAAGUUAUGGAUGCAGAAUAUGAAUUUCCAGUUGAGAGCUAUUUGUAUGAUGAGUUGUGGAAGCUAUCUGCUGGACCUUUGUUUGAUCUUCCAAAAUUUGGAGAAAAACUUGAGGCACAUACAAAAGAUGAGUUAUCUCAAUUGAGACCAAUUUUUGAUAUUCCUUCAAGAAUUGGAUGCAGUGUUAUUGACAUUCAACUUAAGGUGGAGAACGAGACAGAUGAGGUUUUUGCAAAAAUUGCUUUAUUACCAGAUACAGCUGAAGUUGAAAUCCCUAUCUCUAAUGUCAAUCAUGAAAGAAUCAAAGUUAGUUCUUUCAUAAAAGUUUUAACUGCUUCUGAUACCAGCACACACGGUGGAUUAUCUGUAAUAAAGAGACACGCUGUAGAAUGUCUACCUCCAUUGGAUAUGUCUCAGCCAACACCAAGUCAAGAAAUAGUUGCUAAAGAUCUUCAUGGUUGUGAAUGGAAAUUUAAACAUAUCUUUAGAGGUUCUCCAUUGAGGCAUAUUUUCACAACUGGUUGGAGUGGGUUCGCAACAUCGAAAAGAUUGGUCACUGGUGACUCUUUUAUAUUCCUUAGAGGAGAAAAUGGGGAGUCACGAGUUGGAAUCAGAAGAGCAGUUCAUCAACAACGCAGUAUACCUUUAUCGAUAAUUUCAAAAGAGAGUAUGCACCAUGGAAUAACUGCUACAGCAAUGAAUGCUAUUAAUACCAAAUCUAUGUUCAUUGUAUUUUGUAAGCUGAGGUCAAGCCAAUUCAUCGUCAAUUUCGACAAAGUUGUAGAUGCAGUGAACAAUAAGUUCUAUGUGGGUUCAAGAUUUACGAUGCGAUUUGAGAAUUAUGAUUUUACAGUUAUAAGAUAUUCUGGAACAAUAAUUGGCAAGAAAGAUUUCUCCUCUCAUUGGCGGGAUUCAGAAUGGCGAUGCCUAGAAGUACAAUGGGAUGAGCCUGCAUUAAUUCCAAGACCUAAUAAAGUUUCAUCAUGGGAAAUUGAGCAUAUGGGAUCUUCAUCAAACGUUCACCAGUCAGCUUUGCUCAAAAACAAACGUUCACGCCAAGCUAAAGAAACCAGUUCAAAUCUGUGGCCUCCUACAUUGACUCAAGGCCAAGAAAUUGGACAAUCAACCGUGAACUUCCCGAUGAGUGUUCCUCCGCUUAGUUAUUGUGACGCAACUGAUAGUUCAAACAUUUCAUCUGGUUGGCCGAUAGGCUACUCAGUCCCUACCAUGCCCAAACCAAACUAUAACAAUGAAAUGGUUAUGUCAGUGAAAGAAAAGAUGACAACUGCUGUAACCACUGCUAAUUACAGAUUGUUUGGAGUUGAUCUGACGUCUCCGAGAGAAACAGAAGAUCCUAUAAGACAGAUUGACUCAUACCAAAAAUCCGAAAUGUGCAAAAUCACUAAGGAAAAAAAUUGUGACCAAAUCCAAACUCGGGCAUCACCAAAAGAAAUCCAAAGCAAGUCUACUAGAAGCCGAAUCAAGGUUCAUAUGCAAGGUGUAGCCAUAGGAAGAGCUGUGGAUUUAACGAUUCUUGAUGGAUAUAAUCAGUUGAUCGACGAACUGGAAAAACUCUUUGAUCUCAAAGACGAGCUGCAUACACGCAAUCAAUGGGAAAUAAUUUUCACUGAUGAUGAGGGAGAUAUGAUGCUUGUUGGAGAUGAUCCAUGGCCCAAGUUUUGCAACAUGGUGAAGAAAAUAUUCAUAUGCUCAAAAGAGGAGGUAAAGAUGAUGAAAUCAGGAAACAAAUUUUUGGAUGGUGACUCAGCCUUAACCGCAGCAAUGUUGACAUGUUCUGUCGGGAGUCAGAUGACCUGUGCUGAUGGAAUCAUCCAGGUCGGAGGGUCUGUGGAGGGAUGCGAAGGCAGCCCCGUACAACCCCAAUCGGAAGCGCAACAAAUCAGGACGGAGCCGAGCUCAAGCGGCGGGGCGCACCAGACCUCACCAAACCGAGCUCAAGCUGCCUUCGAUCCAACUGCGCUUAUGAACGCCUUCGCCGCGCAGAUGCAAGAGUUGGUCAGAAGCAACGACGCGAAGUUCGCAACCCUCACCGCACAGAUCUCCAACCUACAGCAAGAGAGUCCGAUCAGAAGACGGAACCUCAUUAGUGAUUUCCAAGAGGAGCGAGACCCGCAAUGCACAGUGGCACGGUCAGUAGUUCAACAGUACCAGCAGACAUAG